CCGCCGGAGCUCGAGCAGACGCUGACGCUGCUCUCGUCGCAUCGGUCGGUGCUUGGGUACAUGCUGCUUUCGCGCGGACACCCCGUAAGCAUCAUUCGGCACGCGGGGGUGGUGUUUGAGGGGGAACAGGGACGGAAAUACGCGCACGCCGUCGCGAGGAUCGUGGAGAGCGUGCAGCAGGGGCUCGUCGAGGACGAAGUCAGGUUCAUGCGGAUACGCACGAAACGGCACGAGAUUAUGAUUUCACCUGAUGAACGGUAUCUCCUUGCCGUCUUACAUGAUCCAAGCGCAUGA